AGUGGUGGUGGUGGCAUGUGUAUAUUCUUAGGGUGUUCUCGUUGUGGCUGCCUCGUGUGGCGUGUCUGGUGGUGGUGACGGGAAGGUAGUGAAGGGAAACAACGUGAGAUGUGCACCAAGUUCAUCUGGUGAAGUGUAAAUCACCCAAAAUGUGCUGUAGAUAGUGAAAAAUAAGCCACAGAGACUUUAAAACACAAAGAACCAGCGGAAAGAGAUAGAGAUUAACAUCAAGAGAGACAGGAGAGGGCAGAACAGGACAGUAGCAGCCAUGGUGAAGGAGACAGAGUACUACGAGAGACUAGGGGUGCCACCUGACGCGUCCCCGGAGCAACUGAAGAAGGCGUACAGGAAGCUAGCAAUGCAGUACCAUCCCGACAAGAACCCAGCUGGCGGGGAGAAGUUUAAAAAGAUCUCCCAGGCUUACGAGGUGCUCUCCAACCCUAAGAAGAGGAGGACUUAUGAUGAAGGCGGUGAAGAGGCGCUGCAGAGUGGCGGCGGCUUCAGGAACCCCAUGGACGUCUUCAACAUGUUCUUCGGCGGCAUGGCAGGUGGCGGUGGCUCAGGAGACGAUGAGGAGGACGAUGACGAGAUGGGGUCCUUUAAUUUCUUCGGGGCAGGCAGUGGAGCGAAGUCACGGCGCCAGCAACCCCCCUUGGAACACCGCCUGGUUGUGUCGCUGGAGCAGUUGAUGGUGGGGGGCUGGAGGACGCUCAAAUUGGACAGGAAGAGGCCGUGUGGGUCGUGCAGUGGUCGUGGCGGGAAGGUGAAUGCUGCGACUAGUGUGUGUACGACUUGUAAAGGAAAGGGAGUGAAGUUGACCUACCAGCAGCUCGGGCCAGGCUUGAUGGAGAUGCACGGAACUUGUACGGACUGUGGAGGUGCAGGCCGCGUCAUCGCCGAGGCAGACCGCUGUGUGACCUGCAAGGGAAACUGUACCGUGAAUGACACCAAGAUAACGAAGGUUCACGUGGAGAGGGGCAUGAGGAACGGGUCACGCAUCCUACUGAAGGGCGAGGGAGACCAGGAAGCGGGACAGAAGGAGGCAGGCGACGUGGUGAUCAUCCUGCAGGAGAAGGCCCAUGAUACCUUUGUCAGGGAUGGCCUUGACCUGCACAUGGAGAUGACGGUGAGUUUAACAGAAUCACUUUGCGGUUUGCGUCGGCCGGUCACCACGCUGGACGGCCGGACACUGGUGGUGGGGCAGCCUCCUGGUGACGUGCUGGAGCCAGGCGGUGAGCUGAGGGUGCCUGCUGAGGGCCUACCGAUGCUAAGGAACCCAUACAUCCGCGGCGACCUCAUCAUUAAGUUCACGGUGGAUCUGCCGGAGAGAGUAAGCGAAACCUUCCUGGAGGACUUCGAGGCAAUGUUCCCACGCACCAACAAGCCCCUGGAACUGAGCGGGGAGGAGGAGCAGGUCAACAUGAUGCCCUUUGAUCCUUCUGAAAGAGUCGAUGAAGGGAGGGGGCGAGGAAGGCACAACCCGUAUGAGGAGGAACCGAUGGAGACAGAUGAUCAGCCCCCGGGAUGUCGCCAGUCUUAGUUUUGGAAGGCCACAGAGAUGAUCAGCCGGGUUGUCAAGUGUGUUUUGCCUCUUAGUUACGUGGAAAUGUUGUUGAUAUGUUACUAGAACCAUGCGAACACUCUUAAAAACCCGUGUAACUUCAGCUAUAAGGAUGUUGAUGUAAUGGAUGUGUUAAGGGUGGUGGUGGUGGUAAGUAAGAGUGGUAGUAGUAGUAGUAGUAGUAGUAGUAGUAGUAGUGGUAUUGGUGGUGGUGGUGGUGCUUGAAAGAAAAAAGUUCUAAGUCUAAACGUAA